CAAACGAAGGCAUUACUAUACCGUACCGUGUUGGAGCUCAAGUAUAAGCGAUUAUUAUCUUUUUCAAGUUAAGUGUCAAAUUGAGUCUCUCGGUCUCGAGCCGUUAUUUUAUUCUCGCAUCGAGUCUCAAGUAAAACAGUGGGUUAUUCCCAUUGUUAAUUGAGCAGAGACGGACGCGUUGGAAUUAACCGAUUUACGGGAAGUAAAAGUUAGUGCGUCGGUUCGAAGUUGGUCAACAAAGGGACAACGCUGCGAGCAAACUUUCACAAGCGGUAGGUCAACGCAGGUGGUCAAAACGAGCGGGAGUGGACUAUACUCGGAUCUUAAUUUUUCCGAUCUCAAUUUCCGGUAAUACCCCCCGAGAUGGCCGGCAGAAGCGACUGGGAUUACACAAGAAAUGGUCCCAGCACUUGGGUGGAGAGAUUCCCAAUGGCUGCGGGGUCUAGACAGAGCCCGGUUAAUAUUGAAACCGAUCGCGCUGAGUCUGAUCACGAGGCCCUCAGCAGCAAACCACUGAGAUGGAAAUAUCCCGCUUCUGCAUCGAGAAAACUUGUCAAUCCAGGUUACUGUUGGCGCAUUGACUGCGAUGGCGAGGGAACACUUCUGACUGGUGGUCCAUUGAUGGAUGACAUUUACAAGCUUGAGCAGUAUCAUUGUCACUGGGGCUGCAGCGAUUCUAGAGGUUCUGAACACACUGUCGAUGGACAGGCAUUCGCUGGAGAGUUGCAUCUGGUUCAUUGGAAUACAACAAAGUACCGAACCUUCGCUGAAGCAGCAAAAGCACCAGACGGUCUCGCCGUGCUCGGUGUUUUUCUCAAAGUGGGAAAAGCACACGAAGAAAUGGACAAGAUUGCCCGAAUGUUGCCUUACGUCUCCCACAAGGACGAAAUGAUUGAGAUCGACGAUCCAAUAGAUCCGAGCAAACUUUUGCCAGUACGAGGUGGACGCGCCGGUAGAUGCAUUAACCCAUGCAUGAGAUGGGCAGACAGAAUAAUUCGCCCCGAUAACAAGUGUGGUUUUCAAGAUGACAAUGGCUACUGGACUUAUCUCGGCUCAUUGACCACCCCGCCUUGCAACGAGAGUGUCACCUGGGUUCUAUUCAAGAAAUACAUCGAAGUGUCACACCACCAGCUCAACAUAUUCCGCAACUUGAGAAAAUUUCCAAGAGGCGAAGAGUGCCCCUGCCACGAGAAUCACGGAGUGGUAAUUAAUAACUUCCGUCCACCACUUCCUCUCGGCAAUCGCGUACUGCGUGAGUGUGGAAGCUUCUGAGAUGCUGCAGCAGAGGAUUUUCGAAUCGAACAAGAGGGAAUCAUCUACCUAUUACGUCGGCUAUCACGGGGGGUUUGAGGGAACGAACGAGGGAUAAAGUAUUAAUCAAUAAAAUUUAUCAAUGUUGUGGGUAAUAUGCAAUUGAUCAAAUAGAGAAACAGAAUCUGAUAAUAGACUUGACGAUUGAAAAUAAUUCACUUAUUCCGUUUUUCAAUUAAAUAAUGAACAAAUAAUUGUCUUGUGCAAAAUUCAAUCCAGAAGUGCUUUGAACAUUUGAAAACAAAAAAUAUAUAUAUACUUUUUUUACAUAUUUAUAACCAACUAUUUUUAUAAACCGUGGCGGCAAUAAUUAACAAUAUUUGAAGGAACACAUUUUUGAAACAAAAUUUUUUUCUUUUCUAAAGCAGAAUUAUUGAAAUUAAAUUGAGGAUUUAUCCUCAUGAAUAAAAAGUAUAUUAAAUCACCAAAUGAAAAGUGAUAAUCGGAUCAAUUAUUACUAUGAAAAAUGUUCGAUAAUAUGAGAAAUAAAUAACCAACUGUCAUUACUUUUUUUUUACGAAAGGAUCAAUAGUGGUGGGACAAUUGCACCAUUUUAUUUAUGUUCAUAUGUAUAAGGACCAGUCAUAGUUUACGAAAGUCAUUCAUCUUCAUUAUGGAGAAAUGGUAAAGAUGUUGUUAUUUUGGGUGGAAAUUGCCGCAUAUUAUAUUGAUGUGGGCUUAUUUCAUAAAAUACAUAUAACUAUUACAUGUACGUUUGUUAGAACAACUCACUUAUAACUGUGUUAAAUCGUUCCAAUUUUACUUGAGAAUAUGAUACGAUAAUUGCUUGUGCUGCUUCGUCAACUACUGUAGUUUGUUUCUGAUGUCUCUACUCACUGUGAUGGCAAAAGAAAUACUAGUAAUAAAAAAAAUGAAUGAAGAAUA